AUGGAGCGUCAGCCGCAGAGCAGCCACGAUGCCUAUGCCGACGCGGAUGCAGCCGUCGCCGGCCUCUUCAAGCUGGGGGUCGACGAGGAGCGGGAAGAAACGCACGGGGUGAACCGCGCGGAGACCUCGCCUCCCGCAGAGGGGGGAGAGGGGCAGAAGGCCCAGUUCGAACCGGAAGGGAAAGAGGCGGGAAAGGAAGGAGAAGGCAAGCAAGGCUGCGAUGUCAGCGUCGGAGCCGCCAGCCCUGAGGACGGUGGCGAAGGCCGCGAGGCCGAGGCCGAGGCGGGCGGCGGCGAAGGCGGAGAGCAGGGAGGCGAGGGGCAGCCCCCGCGGGCCACUGUCAAGGGUCCCGAGGCCGCAGAUGGGCAGUGGCGGGUCCCCCAUGCCAGGUUCACGCAGGUGCAGCUGCAACACCUGGAGCGCGUUUUCCAGCAUACUCCGUACCCCGACGCGAGCACGCGAAACGAGCUUGCAAGACGCCUGGGAGUGACUGAAGCCAGAGCGCGGGUUUGGUUUAAGCAUAGAAGGGCCAAGUGGCGGAGACAAUGGAGGGCAGUAAUGUUCAGAGACGUGCCCCCCGUGCCCCCGGUCCCCCCUGUUGUCAUCAGCUUGUGUGAAACCUGCAGUGCCAACCUGCUUCAGCAGCUGGAUUGGGUCUUCGUUCUUAUGGAGCCACUGCCGCUGGAGCUGCCCCUGCUGCCCGGGCUGCCCAUGGCACCCAUGCAGCCCAUGCCACCCAUGCAGCCCAGGCCCCCCAGGCCGCCCUUACAGCCCAUGCAACCCAUGCCCGGCAGGCCGCCCAUGCCGCCCCUUCCGCCUCUGCCACCCAUGCCGCCCAUGCAGCCCAUGCCGCCCGAGCCUAUCGUGUCACCCAUGCCGCCCAGGCCGCCCUGGCCGCCCUUUCCUCCUAUGCUGGUGCUUCCUCCUCCCUGGCUUGUUCCACACUUGCUUCACUUUAGGUGCCCUCAUGUGGCCUGGCAUGGGCCCUUACCAUUGGCGGUCCAUCAGCAGCCCCCACUUCCUUUUGAAUUGUCUCUGUGA